AUGCAUGCGCGGCCCCUUGCCCAGUUAGAUAUUUCCUGUAUAUUAUAAGCUCAUCGGGGCACGUCACAGACAGCAGCAUCAGGAUCACAGCAAAUCUCGUUCAUGGACACAACAAUGAAGGAUUUGCCGCAAUUAAUUUAGAGAAAAAAAGGAAGAUUUCACAUCUCAACGGCUAACGCUUCAUGACCCUCAGCGGCAGCAACUGAUAAAAAUAGGAUGGAGGAAGAGCUUUUUGUGGAUAAACAUCGAGUCGAGCUAAUCCGGAGAGUGACCAACGUUGCACCAAUUUUGGAAGAACUCCUCAAACGUGAUGUUAUAAAUCAAGUAAAUUAUGAUAAAAUCAGGGCUAAUCAUGACUCUCAGGAGACUAUGAGGGCACUCCUUAGUGGGCCCUUGGAAUCCAGUGGAGUUAGAGGAAAACAGAUCUUCUACAAAAUCCUGGAGAGAAACGAGCCACAUCUUAUUGAUGACCUCAAGAGAACGGAGAGCGAGACUGUGAUGGAUGUGAAAGUCAUGGAUACAGUGCAAGUAGGUUCAAUGAUGGAUAAGAAGCUGCUUAUUGAAAUAUUGAAUGAUUUGAGCUCUGAGGAGUUUGAGAAAUUCAAGUCGCUCAUUGAAUUGGAGAAAGAUUUCCCGCUCAUCUCAAGGAGCCGACUGGAUGUGGCAGACAUGCAGGAAACUGUGGAGCUGAUGGUGGAGACGAACAGCCGAGAGUGUGUGGAGGUGACCAAAAAGGUUUUAAAGGAGAUGAACAGGACUGAUCUGGUGCAGAGGUUUUCAGAUAUCAGCUCAAGAACUAAAGAGAAACACUUGGAACAUCGUCCUACACUGAUUCAGAGAAAAAACACUCUGUGGAUGAACACUUGUCUGCACUGAUCCACAAAGUAGCCACAAAGACGGCUGUGAGAGAGCUGCUUUUAGAAACACUGAAUGAUUUGAGUGAUCAGGAGCUAAAGACACUUAAG